GCAAAAAUGAUGCAGAGCAACCGGAUGACGACGACGUUGAAGAUGACGAACCUCCUGCUGGCAGUGGCCUGCGCCGCCGUGCUGAUGGGAUCGGCGACGGCGGACGAGGAGGAGGUGUCCAUGACCGUGGACGAGGUGGUGGAGCUGAUCGAGCCCUUUGGCGACGGUUGCACCCCCAAGCCAGAGAGGGAGCACAUCGUCGAGAUGGUGCUGAACAAGGAGGACGCCAAGCACGAGAGCAAGUGCUUCCGCCACUGCAUGCUGGAGCAGUUCGAGCUGAUGCCCGAGGGUCAGCUGCAGUAUAACGAGGACAAGACGGUCGAUAUGAUCAACAUGAUGUUCCCGGAUCGCGAGGACGACGGCCGGCGCAUCGUCAAGACCUGCAACGAGCAGCUAAAGGCCGAGCAGGACAAGUGCGAGGCCGCCCACGGGAUCGCCAUGUGCAUGCUGCGCGAGAUGCGCUCCUCGGGCUUCAAGAUUCCCGAGGUCAAGGAAUGAGGUCAUGGAGCUCUGCUCGCUGGCCCACCAUUGCAUGUUCUCCCCCUUUUUUUUUAUUAGUGAUUCAGUUCGAUUUAAUUACCAAAGCUAGAGAACUUGGAGUGGUUUCCUAAACUAAUAAAGCGCCCAACCAACAAAUUA